AUGGCUAGGCGUCAUGGAUGGGAACUCCCUGCUCACACGUUUCAGGACGUGUAUGAAUACGUGGCCAUUGGUGUUUAUUCCUUCUUGGUAAGCAUAAUAGAAGUCUUUAAUAGUAAUCCCUCUGCCAAGACACCAGCUUAUGGGUUGCAAAAUGACACAGAUUUGCGUGGAAUUGCAUCUUCUCGUGAAGAACCUAGCAAAGCCGGAUUGGAGAAUGGAGGAAAAUCUGAUAGGACAAUCGUCUUGAUGUUUGUGAUGAUGCACAGAUGCACAACUAUUGAUUCCGCUGAUCCUGGAAUUUUGAUUGAAGCUGCCAAGACACCAGCUUAUGGGUUGCAAAAUGACACAGAUUUGCGUGGUUAG